CGCUUUCCGAGUAAUAUAUUUAUUGAGAAUAAUAACUAAACUAUUAAGUAAUCGACAAUCUUGAGAAAAUGAUCAAUUCUUUUCUUGUUGUGUGUUUGGUGAUAAGUGGUGUUAGUAUACCAGUUCAUGGUUCUCAAGAUACACUCAAAGAAGAUUUGGAACUUGAAAGACAACUAAAGCUAAUCAAUAAGCCUCCUGCCAAAACUAUUCAUACAAAGAAUGGAGACAUUCUUGAUUGCAUUGACAUUUAUAAACAACUAGCAUUUGAUCAUCCUUUAUUAAAGAAUCACAAGAUACAGAGAAAACCUAGUUUUCAAAAAUCAAGUACGAAAAAUUUAGCAGAUAGAUCUAGUUUUAGACUUGAAGAAGUUCAAUGUCCCAAAGGAUAUAUUCCUGUUCGGAGAACAACAAAAGAAGAUCUUAUUCGAGAAAAACAAUUAUUAAAAAAUAAUAUCUUCGUUCAAGACAUUCCUGGUGUGCAUCUUGCAGAAUUAGCUCUUUCAUCAAAAUAUAGUCCAUACUAUAGUGUUAAUGGACGAAACAGUAUUUAUAAUCCACCUGUCACUAAGGGUCAAAUGUCUCUUUCUCAUGUGUGGGUUCAAAAUGGACCCAUAAAGACUAACAAUAAAAUCAGUCUUGGAUGGCAAGUGAGUUCAGAUUUGUAUGGUGACAAUAAAACUCAUUUAUACGCAUCAUGGACGAGCGACAACUUUCACAACACAGGAUGUUACAAUCUUCGAUGUCCAGGUUUUGUCCACACUAACAAGAGAACUUAUCUUGGUGCACCUAUGACAAAUAUAUCUUCUUAUGGUGGAACAACUUUUGAUUUUGUCACUUAUAUUUACAUGGACCCAAAAACCAAAAACUGGUGGAUUCAAAUAGAUGGUACAGAUCUUGGAUAUUAUCCUGCAAAGUUAUUCUCUAACUUGACUUCGGCAGAUAAAGUAGGGUGGGGUGGAAGAACAUUGACUCCUCACGGUUCUCUCAGCCCUCAAAUGGGAUCUGGACAUUUUCCUGAUAAAAACCUUUAUGAUGCAUGUUAUUUCAGAACUAUGACUUUUGAAAAUUCAUCUAGAAUAAGGUUUGGACCAGAAAGAUAUCAAACAGAAAAGUACAUUGACAAACCUAAAUGUUAUGACCUUACGUACUACGGCAAUGCUUAUGAAGAUGCUCCUGGACAUUUGCUCUAUAUGCUGGAAUUUGGAGGACCAGGUGGUAAGUGUGAUGAUAAAUUAGUCCACUUUUAGUAAUUGAUGAACUUCCUAAAUAAAUAUUGUUACUAUCA